CAGCCCGGGCGAGUGCACUCGGAGGACGCAGGAGAGGUGAGGUCACGUCUCCCUUGAGCCCUGAGCCUCGGGCUUUUCAGAGCCUCACCAGGAGCCGGCAGCCUCAGUCCCAGACCGCGCGGACCCUGUGCUCCUCUGCCCACCCUGUGCCGCCGGCCUCGCCCAUGUCUCAGUACGACCCCAGCGCGGACUUCAAGAGGGCUCUGGACAGCAGUCCAGAGGCCAACACCGAGGAUGACAAGACCGAGGAGGACGUGCCCAUGCCCAAGAACUACUUGUGGCUCGCCAUCGUCUCGUGUUUUUGCCCCGCGUACCCCAUCAACAUCGUGGCUUUCGUCUUCUCCAUCAUGUCUCUGAACAGCUACAACGAGGGAGACAUCGAAGGAUCCAAGCGGCUCGGGAGGAAUGCCAAGUGGGUGGCCAUCGCUUCCAUCAUUAUCGGCCUUCUCAUCAUCGGUAUUUCUUGUGCAGUUCACUUCACAAGGAAGAUAUCUCUGCAAGCCAUGUGGCAGUUGGAGCAAAGGAAAAUAGAGUGUCGUGACAUGAAAUCCACAAGGACUUGGAAUCAUUGACCCUAAAACAUUCAACAGCUUGGGAUAGGAAGCAGUGCUCUCAGAAGAGAAGCAUUCUGGUGCCGACUGAAGCAGAAAUUUGCAGGCUCUCAAAGCCAGAAAAUUCCCUAUUCUCCAGCUGCUAGGGAAAGAGGAGAAAUGAAGUUCCCUGCCUAAAUCAACCUGUCUACAGGCUUUCACUUUCUGCUGGUGUCUUGAGGAUUCAAGCAAAGUGAGGUUAUUCCCGUCGUGUUUCCCAAAGUCUUGGAAACAUUACGACAGAUUUAACUGGGAUAUUUGUGAAAAUGCAGAUUCCUGGCCUCCAAUCCAGACCCCAAGUAGACCUGAAACUCCCCUCCCAAAUAGUUUUAGGUAUUCUGAAGUUCUAGAGCCAUUCUUCUAGGGCCUUGCAUAUAUUGGAGAACAUUCUUGCCUGUGUGAACAUAUGUCACAAAACAGGACUUUUUUACAUCCUUAAGCCUGGUAGAAGCUUCAGACCCUGCUGCUUCCUCCCUACUCCCUAGAAACUUUACACGACUCCCAGAUUUGUUCUUCCCUUUCUUCUCAUGAUCAAGCUCAUGGUCACAUAUCUGAUGCCUUGUAGAAUUCUGUGGGACUUCCUUAGCAGCAAAAAGAGUUGACCAUGAUAAAGCUUGGAUGUAAGGUAGAUGAGUGUUGCCCACCACAAAUAUGACAGUUGACAUUCAGGGCACUUUCAUCUUACUCAGGGGAGUGAGGUUCAAAUGUCAGGACAUCAUAGGAACUUGGAGGAUAAUCAAAAUUCAUCUUGGAAGCAUCCUUAGUGGGAUGCCCCAUUAAGAGAUUCACACCCUGUAUCCUGGUCAGCCCAAUAGAGCCGAUGUUCCCACCAGUGUUGGAAGAGACGACAUCCCUUGGGUUGAGCCUGGGCUCAAACAGCUGGCUGCUUAGGGGUCACGGCAAACGUUCAACACUGGAACCAGGCUCUAAGCUCACACAGAGGGAAUAGGAGUCAAAUGCCCAUCUAUGCUCAUGAGCACUGACCAUGGUGAUGGCCAGAAUCUUCAGCUCCAUUUUCUUUUGGAAAAACAUCAAUGGUCCAUUCACCAUACGUUAAAUGCAUAUACAAUGCAACUCCGCUGAACGUAUACCUCUGGAUGGCCUUGUAGGUCUCUAAAUAGCCAAGCACACCCCUACCGUGUAUUAAAAAUGCUUGUCUGUCAUUCUUAGCAAUGAAAGCCUUCGUGCUCCAAAGUUUCCAUUAAGGAAGAAUGUGACCUCCUAACUGGAUUAAGGAUCCCAUGGCAGUCGCCCAUUAGCCCACAUAAAGUUAGCAGAUGUUAACCCACUGGUAAAGCUUAGGUCUUAUAAACAAACUGGCAUAAGUCCUUUGCUGGCUGCAAAAUAUCCUUCAGUUGCAUUAGGAUUGGAAGCAAGCAUAUGCAUCAAGGUGGGCAAGAGGCAAGAAGCUGGCCUUUUUGCAAAAACGUAAAAGCAAAUCCAUCUUCUUUCCUACAUGAUGGGUUGGACUAUAAAACUUCCUGCAUAGUUGUGUCUUCAGAUAAUUCUUGUGAUCUCAUGAUGAAAAAUGGGGAACAUUACCUACUUCCAGAAGUCACACCUAAGUCAUCAUCAACAAUGGAAAGAUUUUGGCUUUGAAAAGGUUAUAAAGUGGUGGACUCUGGCAAAGAAAUCAAAAUAACCAUGAAAAAGAUGUUCGACCUUCCCAGUAACCAGAACAAUACAAGUUAAAAUGACAAUGAUACACUUCUUUUUUUUUUGUCUGCCAGAUUGAAACAAUUAAAAAGAUGGAUAACAUCAAGGUUAGCAAGAGUGUGCAGAAUUAGAUACAACACUCUUGGCAGAAGAGUAAAUUGGGACAGUGUUUGGGAGGUCAAGUUGGAUACGUCUAUUAAACUUUAAAAUCCAUCAGCCACCCACUCAGCACUUCUACUUCUGGAUAGCCUCCCUAGAUACAAGUGCACAAAAAGGAUGUAAAACAGUGGCUCUCUUCCCUAGCUACACAUUAGAAUUGCCUGGGGAGCUUUAACGAACAAAAACAAAACAAAACAAGAAACAAUGUCCAGGGCCCACCCUGAAUCAGUUAAAUCAGAAUCUCCAGUGAUAGGGCCGGGCAUUGGUAGGUUUUAGGGCUCUCCAGAGGAUUCUAAUGCAGACAGGGUAGAGGACUAAGAAUGUGCAGGAAAGUUCAUUGCAGCUCUGUUUGAAAUAGGGGAAACCAUGAAACGACCUCAAUGGCCAUUGAUGGGGAAAUGAUUAAAAUACACAGUGGUGGGCGCCUGGGUGGCUCAGUGGGUUAAGCCGCUGCCUUCGGCUCAGGUCAUGAUCUCAGGGUCCUGGGAUCGAGUCCUGCAUCGGGCUCUCUGCUCAGCAGGGAGCCUGCUUCCCUUCUUCUCUCUCUGCCUGCCUCUCUGCCUACUUGUGAUCUCUCUCUCUCAAAUAAAUAAAUAAAAUCUUAAAAAAAAUAAAAUAAAAUACACAGUGGUUUAUUCAGAGGACGGAAUGCCACACUGCAGCUUACAUAUGGAUAAUCUCCCAUACUAUGGCUUAUGAGGCCCCACAUGAUCUGGCUGCUGCCUCUCUGUCUUCAUCUCCCAGCACACUGCCCCUCCCUCCUCCACUUCAGCGACACUGAGUAUGCUCCUGCCACAGGGCCUUUGCACUUUCUGGUUCCUAUACCUAGAAUUUCCUUCCUCCUAAUAUCCACAUGACUUGUUCCCAUCUUUCCUUGAGAUGCUUGCCCCUUUGUUAGCAGAGAGGCUACCGCUGACCAUCUUCUCUAAAAUAGCACCCACAGCCCCGCCCUCCUUCCCUUGGACCCCUUAUCCCAACUUUAGUUUUAUUCCUAGUACUUACCACUCCCUGAGAAACCAAAUAUAUAAUAUAAAUUAUACAUAAUUUCUAUAAUAUACUGAUAUAUAAUUAUCCAUUUUAUAUAUUAACAUACACAUAAUCAUAUAUACUUUUAUGGUCUCUCUCAUCCUACUGGAAUAAAAACCAAAAACACUUUCGUUGCUGUCACUGUCCAUAAUAAUAGAGCAUAACCCCUCAGGAUGUUCACUUUGAAGCUGAUCUGUUGGGUUUUAAAUGCAGGUCCCAACUCUAAGUAGAUGUGUGCUCUUGGGCAUGUCUUUUAACCAGUCUGUGCCUUGGUUUUCUCACCCAUAAAAUGGG